UCAUAUCCAAACAGGUCGAAGAGGAAGGCCUUAGUCCUGAAGGGCGAAAAAAGUUGGCAAAGACAGUCGAGAACUACUUAUUGAACACAAAAGAAGAGGCUGCUCAGGCUCGAGACGCAAAUGUGAACUUACCUUCCUCCGUUGUGCAAGAUGAGUUUGAGGAACCACUCUCAGAGGUCCUCAAACAGUGGGAAGAACUCAUUUUGACCUUGGAUCGACCUUCAGUCUUUUACCAACCCGUGACUGAGGAAGAGAAACGAUCUGUAAUCGCCUCAUUUACUGCGGAGUAUAGUCAUUGGUAUACUUGCGUGAAUGGGCAUAUCUUUACAAUUGCGAAUUGUGGAGGUGCAAACCAGGUUUCACGUUGUAAUGAGUGCGGGGAACCAAUUGGAGGCACCAAUUAUCAAACAGUUAGCGGAGUUCGCCAGGCAGUUGACUUAGAGAGGAUUGCUGGUGAACAUGGUGCCAUGCCCAGUCCCUGGGGAUGGAAUGGAAACAAAUCGAAUCCUUCGGCUCUAAAUAGUUCCAAGUUUCCGUCCCGAGCCUUGUCCGCCAAAUCAGCACGAUCCUAUAAAAAGUGCAUCAGGAGUAUGUUCUGUAAAGAGAAUGAGAGGGAUGAGCGCACCAUUGCGACCAGUGUUCUUCUGAGGGUAGCCCAGAGCUGUGUACUCCUUUUCAAUUCCCCACUCCCUACUGGACCAUCUUGUCCUUGCAAUGCCAGCCCUGUGAGGAAGUGCUCUGCUGCCUCUUUCAUAGCACCCAAGUUCAAGCAUGCGACGCCUACAUUGUACAUUGCUCGAGUGUACUUUGGGC